AUGUCAUUGCAAACUCCUGACGUCAAUGCUCUGUUGCACAACAUGCGUGCACAGAUUUUGGCGUUAACUACACAAUUCGCUGAGCUGCAGGCAAACCCCCCUGCGACAACCCCCUUGGUUGAGAAGAAGUUCAACAAGAAAGUCGAAGUCGUCACUGACCCUGGCACCUUUGAAGGAGACAGAGUGCGAUUUGCUGAAUGGUGGAGCAAAUUCCAAAUUUGGGUCAAGGCAAAUUGGGAUGCAUUUUCCGAUGACUUUGAGAUCAAAGGAUAUUUCAAACCACAAGCUGAGCGUGACUGGGCAUGUCAGCAAAUCUGUACCUUCAAGCAAGGAAACAUGAGGACAGAUGAUUUUGUAACCUGGUUCCUGGCCCUCUCCAUCCAAGGUGGUCUAGGAAAUGAACAUGCAGUAGAGCUGCUGGAACGCAAUGUAAACCCUCACAUUGCAGAACAGCUCUAUCUACAGGAUAUGAGGAGCAAAAACCUCUCUCAAGCAGCAGAGGAGGUUCGAAAAAUAGGUAGGGCCAUAGAGCUCUACAAAAUGCAUCAAGGUGGCAGGACCACCACCAAAAACAACCAUUCCCAGAGGAGCCCUGGGUCGUCAAACCAAAAACAAAAUCACUCUCACGGGUUCCAACCAUUCGGGUUGCAACCAGGGCAGGGUGCCCCAAUGGAUAUUAGCGCAGUCCAGGGCGGACAGACGCGCAGAUUCACCUGCUACAGCUGUGGGCAGGAGGAGCACAUGGCCCAACAGUGUCCAAACGGGGCGCAGGCCACCCAACAAAAAAAUAAUCAAGGGCACCAGGUGCACCAAUUAGAAGCUGAAAAGCCGGAUGAUUGGCUCAACACUCUGACCGGUCGUUCGUACAACGAAAUCCGGGCUUUCUUCUACGACCAGCAGGUCGCUGAGAUGAAAGCUGAGGGAAAAGAGUUUGGAGCUUAG